AUGCCACUCACUGGAUUUGACCCCCAAUUAUCGGCCCAACUUCACAAUCAGAUCCUUAAACGGGCGUGGAUUGGGGCCGGACGAGAUGUCGCUUCGAUCCCGUCCAAGACCUGGUGGGAAGAGUCCUCGCCUAUUCCAUUCGAUCUCGCAUCUCGCCUUAAUCUGAACUUGAUCAGGUUCCUGCGGUCGGCAAAGGCCGCUAUAUUUGACCCUGAUUCAGAUUUUCAUCUCUUCUAUUACCUGAUAGCGCUUCAUGGAAAACAUGAAAUCUUUGCUCCAGACUCUUCACUCGGAUCGUGGGGUGAUCGUUAUGUGUGGUUGUAUCCCUCAACACGAACAAAGAGUGAUGAAGAAGUCGGCAUAGUAUUCGACCAAGAAACCGAGCUUGCUUCCUUUGUCCCAGACUGGGAAGAUAUGGUCUGGUCUGAUAGGGAACGGUGGCCAUGGCGGCCAUUACAAAAUAUUCUGCAAGCCUAUCUAGACAUGAUUGAUGAGGGCAAAAUAACAACAGUUUCGGAUCGUCGAAAGGCAUCUAUGGAUCGUUUCUUCGGAGUAUUCCCUUGGGAGAUUCACCUACAUACCCCAAGGGAUGUUGAGAGGGCUGUCAGUUCCUUUACCCGUCUUCUUGAUGCUAUCGAGAUUCGACUCCCAUCAAAUUCGACACAUUCGACACAUGAUUGUGGCCACAAACAGCCAAACCUCGAAGGAAUAGCUCUCCCAUACUCCGAAGCGGUCAUUGAAGCGUCUUUCAUAGAAGCGGACUCGUUUCUCGGAUGUUUUCUCUCGGCUCUUCCUAUCCGCCAUCUCAACUUUCGCUAUAUUGCCCCCGGCAUUCGACUCCAAAAUCCGAUCGAAUUUAUGAAUCAACCACUUGCUGACCGCCGCCAUAACCGUCUAUAUCUAGACUUGUAUAGUACCGACCAGACGGCACCAUUAUUCCCUCUGCUCUUAUUUCGAGGGGAGAGGGAGAACAAGUCACCCUGGACGCGGCCCUGGUUUCCUGACGGGAAGGUAGAGAAAGUUCCCUCUGGUUUGUACAUUGAACCCACCGACAAAUAUCUCAACUGGGAAUCUGGCAACCAGAGUCGACUCCUGCUGCCGUUUAGCAUCGGCAGCAAUGGGUUUGCUCGAAGUAGCAAUGGCGUUCCAUUCAAACGUGCUAGGUUUCCGGGAACUGAUCGACCUGACCAACUUUACCAGGAAGAUUUGUUCAAUGGUUAUAGUGGUUAUUUACCUUGGGAUUCACGUAGCUCAUAUCUACACAAAGUUUUGGAAAGCUGGGCUGAACGGGUGGAAAUGGGUGAUUGGCAAGUGGGCGAAGACGGCGUUGUCGGUGGUAUUGACAAAUUCAAAGAGGCUGAUACCGAAGAACAUUGGAGAGAAUAUUUUAUUCCUUGGUGA